AUGAAUUUUAAAGUUCACAUCACUGUGCUCUUUUUUUGCUUCUCCGCUUUUGCCAAGGAAGGCACAGGAAGAUAUGAAGGACUAAAUAGAACUGGACAAUUACCAAGCUACCCUGUUUGUGUUCAUUACAUCCUCAAACCAAUGUGUAUUUUGUAUUAUCGCCCUGUCUGUGGCAGUGACGGGACAACCUACCGGAACAAGUGUGAGCUCUGCAGUUACUGCAGGGAACAUGACAAGAAUAUAAAGAUUGUAAAGGAAGGAGCAUGUUAAAGAUUGAGGAUACCACCAUCUGUCUUGUCUUGCAUGCCCUGGAAUCCUUAAGGCU